GGCACCACCCAUAAUGAUGGUUAAUUGGUGGCGUCGUUAAUAGUGUGGUGGUUGAAGGCUUUACGAGAAAAUUCUCGGCUAUUUGAAGUUUCUGGGUGUGUCUUUGUCGGCAUGACUCGUUAUCUGGCAGAAAAUCAGAAAUGAUUGACAUAAAAGCUUGGGCAGAGUAUAUUGUGGAAUGGGCUGCAACCGAUCCUUAUGGUUUCCUUACUACAGUGAUCUUGGCUCUCACACCAUUGUUCUUGGCAAGUGCCGUGCUGUCUUGGAAGUUGGCAAAAAUGAUUGAGGCCAGAGAUCGAGAGCAGAAAAGAAAACAGAAGCGCCAGGAAAACAUUGCAAGAGCUAAACACCCAAAAAAGACUAAAAAAAGAAGUGUGCAUCCCCCCCCCCCCCCAAGAAGACACUUGAUUUUUUUACUUCAAAUUUUAACAGUCGUACUACUAAUUUAAGCAACAAAGCAGUGCUAGAUUGAAACCAUUUCAACAAACCCGAGAAACCUUAUGCAACAGAAAAUAGUGAAACGAGCAUAUCUUAUGUAAUUUAUCUUCAUUUCCUUAAAACAUUGCUCCACUUUAAUGUCACCAAAACCUGCAUGCACCGUACAUGUGGAGAAGCUUUCAAACUUUGUCAGGGUUGAAGCUCUGACAUUGGAUGGCAUAAAAAUGCCCAAAAAAUGUUUUGUUGUGAAAUGUAAAACUGCAACACAAUGAUCUGCCUGUAAGUAUUGAACAAAGCCAAAUAACUGGUGACCCUCUUCCAACAUGGCCAAGCAGUGGUAUUGGGCAGUGCAGAGCAAUGCAUGUACUAUGUAAUUUAGUAAAGCUUGCCUAAAGUUGUAAAAAUGUAGCAAAGCACUGUACAUUGUUUUCAGUCUUGGCUGAGGUUUUAAUUAGCAUACGUUUGUUAUGUCUGAUAGGUGCUGACAAAAAAAUUACCUCCUGUCAGUUUUGAGGACUUUGAACUAAAGUGAAGUCAUUUGUUCAGUAACCAAAGUUUUGUGGUAAUAUGAGAACUUUAUGAUUUGGUUCAUUCUUGUAUGUUCAUAUGUAAGUACUAGAUUAGCUGCCUCUAUGGGCUCUCUUAAGCCUAGCCAAUUUUCUCAAGGGUGUCGGCAAGCCUUUGUUGUAAAUCAAGUAUUUCCCUUUUUCUAAAAGGGGGGGGGGUGGGGCUCUCCAGGUUUACUUUUAUUUUGUGUGAUUACCUUUCUCGUGCUUACCUUUCUCAAGUGUACUUAUGGUAAAAGUUUGUCUGCUUCACUAAUGAGAAAAAAAUUAGUACUUUUAUCAAAAAUGCAUAUUAAUUGAUAAAGUUAAAAUGAAGCCAAGUGGAUUGCUCAGUUUGCCUGUCUGAAUUUUUUUUUUUUUUUUUUUUUUUUGUUUUUUGUUUUUUUGUGGUGGUAUGCUUUGCAGGCCUCAGUUGCUUCAUGUUCUGUUCUAGCUUCUCAUUUAGAACAGGUUUCAAUGAAUCCCAUGUGACAGAUUUUGCUUAUCUGUAACUGUUAAUACAUGUAGUUAAAUGUUUCUUAAAGUUGCUAUACAUGUUAAAUCUGUGCUAUUUAAUUCAAAUUCAAUGAGUAAGAGUUCUAUAGCUGAACAGAUUUGCAUACCUUUCAACGUCUUAGAGCAAGAAAUCUGGACAAAGCCAUAAGUAAUGGGGGGGGGGACAGGCACAAAAAUAUUGAUAGUUUUUGGCAUUUUUACAAGAGUACCCCCCACCACCACCACCUGAUGUGCAGUAGCAAGGCCUGCCCAACAGUCUGCUCAUGGUCAUUUUUACUAUAUAUGAAUAAACAUAAAGGUGGUUGAGUAGUCUACAUGAAUAUUCAUUUGGUGUUACAGGCAAAUGGUAGACAUUCAACUUUUUGUAAGGGCAGUAUUUAAAAUCUGUCCAUAUUUUUGGACCUUUGGAUAGAGCAAAAUAAAAAGGGCUGUAGUUCUCGGGCGAAAAAGUUGAGAGGCAUGCCACCAACCAACUGCCCUUGAGUUGGACUCAAAACUUUUAGCAUUAUUCCUCAUAAAGCUGGUGUCUAUUGGAGAGAAGGUUGUGAAUUACACAUACUAUUACACGUACUAAAUGAGGAUAGUAAUUUUAAGUUUGGAACUGAAAUUCUGUAAUAAUCCACAUAUGCUUUUUCCGUCAAAUGUCAUUAAUAUAAUAACUUAAGGUGAUGCUGAUUCUGGAUUUGCACCUGACUGAGAGCAAGGCUUACAUAUUAACUGGUAGGUCCUACCUGUGAUGGCUCUGUAUCCUACAAAAGUACAAAUCAUAGUACUAAACUGUGAAAAUCACCACAUAUGGGCAGAAGCAGCAGUACUAUAACAUGUAAUAUAUAGUCCUGGUCUUGACAUGGUAUAGUCUCUUAUGGCAGGUUAAGAACAGUACUUCAUAGUAGAAGUAAAAACGGCCAAAAAAUGCAAGACUUUAAGGUUUCAUGUUAACUGUGUGUGUUUAUGAAUAACUGAUUUUCCAGAAGGCUUGCCCUACAGCAAACCUAUAACUAGUUGUGUUAAAAGGCCUGCAUCAUUACACCCCAGCAAUGUAUGAUGUCACUGGCAAAUCUGCAUGGUGUGUCAGUUAUGCAUCAUUUGCCUGGUAUAGCAUGUCCACUAGGCAUGUCAGUCACUAUGGCUGUGUCAUGCAAGAAAUUAGUAGGGGUUACUGUUAAAACAUUGCCGACUGGGUAACACCUAUUUAGGCAUGAUGACGCUUAGUCUAUUGUCAGGAAGUGAUUGUUUGCUGUAUAUGUUUUAGCAGCUAACUCCUCUGGCUUAGUAGGAACUUACUAUUCGGUUUAAUCACUGAGGGACAGUGGUACUCUUCUAUCGUUAGCUAUAUAAUUAUUUUCAGUGACCUAUCAUAUGUGAAUAUUCAUGAGCUGUAUGCCAUGGUCUUUCGUGUACAUGUUGGGUGUCUGUUAUUGUAUGGCCAUGUGCAUUUUGCUUUCAGUGAAUUUAACUCAUUAAAAGCAGAGUUACUGGGCGGAAGCUACUUCCCUUUAUAGAAGUAUGCAGUGCACUUAUUACACAAUUUGACUACUACGUAAUGAGUUUGUUUACAUAGUUGAUGGCACAGUUUUGUGUACAAUGUGUUAUCUUAAAUUGGUGGUGGUUUUACAACUGUAUCUCCCCCCCCCCCCCAAGUUGUUUCAUGCUGGAAGGGGCGUGGCCAUAGCGAUUGACAUGCCUGGUGGACGUGAUGUACCAGGCAAACAAUGCAUGACUGACAUACCGUGCAGAUUUGCCAGUGACAUCACUCGUACAUUGCUGGUACACAUGUAAUGAUGCUGGCCUUUUUGGUUAGGUAUACAUUGUGUUUGGAACCCCUCAAAUCAGUACUACAAGUUAGUUUUGCUGUGUGGUUUAAGAACAUUGGAUUUUUGCAAGUGUUUUGAAACUGUUGUAGUGUGAAAGUCAAAUUCCUAAGUUUAGUAUUUCCAUCACUCAGACUUAUUUUUGAAAGCAUGUAACAUCUUUCAAGUCACACUGUUUCAGUUGCAGUAGUACUGCCAGUCAGUGAAUUUGCAGUAUAUUUUUUUAGAUAGAAAGCCAGUCAUGUUUUUGAUGCUCUGAUUUUGGCUUUUCUUUCUCUGUCCCUUGUGCAUGUUUUCUUCAGCUUGCAGUAUAUUUCUCCAUUCAAAAUCGUGCACCCCACAACCAGCCUUCACCAGUACCUGAAUAGUUGGCAUCUGCAAGUCGUAUGCAUAAUUUUGUGACACUAAUGCCCUCACCACUGUAUAAACUAUAUGAUAGCCAUGUAUAUAAUUUGUGAACCUACUUUAUACCCCAUAUCCCAACUACAAUAUUUUCUGCCCCAUCACCACUGUAUAAACUGUAUGAUAGCCAUAUAUAUAAUUUGUGAACCUACGUUAUACCCCAUAUCCCAUCUACAAUAUUAACAUUUUCUGCCCCACCUAGUUCCUUUUCUUACUUCCAUUUCUUUGAAUUUCAAAGUACUAAUCACAUAAUCUACUUGUUCAAAAUUCAAAGAAAUGGAAGUAAGAAAAGGAACUAGGUGGGGCAGAAAUGUUAAUAUAGUUAGCAUGUGGAGUAUAACGUAGGUUCACAAAUUAUAUGUGUGGUUAUCAUACAGUUUUAUAGAGCGGUGAGGAGAUGAGUGUUGCAAAAUUAUGCAUAUGGCUGGCAGAUGUUAACUAUUCAGGUACUAGUGAAGCCUGGUUGUGGGGUGUAUGAUUUUGAAUGAAGAGAAAUUGACGAUAUUACAAGCUGAAGAAAACGUGCACAAGGGACAGAAAAAAAAGCUAAAAUCAGAGUAUCAAAAAUCAUGACUACUCCUAUCUAAAAUAAAUCUACUGCAAAAUAAAUCUACUGCAAAUUUACUGACAGUGACUUGAAAGCUGCUACAUGCUCUCAAAAUAGAAAGUCUCAGAAAAGUGAUGGAAAUACUAAGUCUAGGCGUUGGACUUUUUCACACUGCAACAACAGUUUCAAGAUGCUUGCAAAAGUCCAAUGUUCUUAAACCACAAAACAAAACUUAACUCGUAGUACUGAUUUUGAGGAGAAAAGUGCUAAACGGACGACAAUAUAAACUAUUCCAAACAGUUCAGCAUCAUUACACACCAGCAAUGUAUGUAUGAUAUGACUGGCAAAUCUGCAUGGUAUCGUACAUUGUUUGCCUAGUGUCAGUCACUAGGGCCACACCCAUUCUUGCAUGAAACAACCAGGGGGGUACUGUUGUAAUACAUCACCCAGUUUUUAAAUAUUGUUUUUACAAACUUAAAGUUGGUAGAAUAACGGUUUUUGCAUUAACAUGAAUUGUCUUAAGGGUAUGAAGUCAGAAACUCAGAUGUCUAUUUACCAACUUCAGUGUUCAGUAAUUUGCAAGUGAUGUGACAGAAAACCACAGUUUUAUGAAAAAUGGACCAAAAAUAUGAGAAAAAUCUGGUUAUUCUGUAUCUGUACAGUUGAGAGGUAUGCAGAUUUGUGGGUACAUUCAGAGUUAGUUGAGACAUUUUUCAUCUGAUGUGUACUGUAAUUGUCCUUUGAAAUCUGUGUACUUGUAGUAUUUCCCAGGGUGAGAAGUUUUCUUCUUGAAAGCUAAUAAAAAGACUGACGUGUA